AGCCGUGACGUCACGCUGAUAAAUGUAAGCACAUUCGAAAUCGUACGGACUGAAUGUUUACGAUGUGAAAUCUGUCUGAAUUUUUAUUUUCUCCUCUUCCUUUUAGUUUGAUGAUCUUAGAACACAUUUUAGAUGUUCCCUUUCGUUUUAAAUAGUUGAAAAUCGGACAAUGUUUAAGUGUAUACCUCUGUUUAAAGCUUGCAACCGGCAAGUGGAAUAUAUUGACAGAAGACAUUGUAGUUUGACUGAAGUCCCAGACGAUGUUUUGAGGUACACACGAAGUUUAGAGGAAUUACUAUUAGAUGCAAAUCAGUUAAAGGAUUUGCCAAAGGGGUUCUUUCGUCUUGUUCAGCUCAGGAAAUUGAGUUUGAGUGAUAAUGAGAUCGCCAGACUACCACCAGAGGUUGCAAACCUUGUCAACCUCAUGGAAUUGGACGUCAGCAGGAACGAUAUUGGUGAUGUUCCUGAGAACAUUAAGUUCCUAAAAAAUCUUCAGGUUUUGGAUGUCAGCAGCAAUCCUCUUACAAAACUACCAGAAGGUUUUACGCAGCUGAGAAAUCUCACACAUUUGGGACUCAAUGAUGUUUCGCUCAUGCGACUGCCACCAGAUAUUGGAAGCCUCACUAAUCUGGUGUCUUUGGAGUUACGAGAAAACAUGAUUCAGUUUCUGCCCCAGUCCAUGUCCUUCUUGGUCAAGCUGGAGAUCCUGGACCUGGGGAGUAACAACAUCAAGGAGCUGCCUGAAAUAAUUGGAAGUCUCCCAAGCUUACAAGAACUCUGGUUAGAUUGCAAUGAAUUACAGGACCUUCCACCAGAGAUUGGUAAUUUAAAGAAGUUGACACAAAUAGAUGUGUCAGAAAAUCAGCUAACAUUUAUCCCAGAAGAAAUCUGUGGACUACAGAACCUGACGGAUCUGUGUUUGUCACAGAACGACUUGGAAGAUCUCCCAGAGGGAAUCGGGUCACUACAGAAACUCUCUAUUUUGAAGCUGGACCAGAAUAAACUGGGUGUUCUGCCACCAGAGAUUGGAAAUUGUGACAAUUUGACAGAGUUGAUACUCACAGAGAAUUAUUUAGAGGAAUUGCCAUCCACUAUUGGAAGACUGACUCAUUUAUCAAACUUAAAUGUAGAUAGGAAUCAACUUAAGGAAAUACCUGUGGAGAUUGGACAGUGUGUUCGACUUAAUGUGCUGUCAUUACGUGACAACCGACUACUGAGGCUGCCACAGGAGUUAGGGAACCUGAAGGAACUCCAUGUAUUAGACGUGUCAGGGAAUAAGCUUGAGUAUCUUCCCAUUACAAUCACCAAUCUCCACCUGAAGGCUCUAUGGCUCUCGGAGAACCAGGCCAAGCCGAUGUUAAAGUUUCAGACAGAUUUCGAUGAGAGGACGGGACAACAUGUUUUGACUUGUUUUCUCCUGCCUCAACAAGGCUUCCACACAGAAAGCAUGGAAAACCUUCUGAAAGGCAGCAUAGCUACCGAUCGAGACAGUCGCCUAAGCUACAAUGUUGACAGAGAGAAUAUGUUAAAUGGCAGCACUACUACUGAUCAAGACAGUCGUCUGAACUAUAAACUAGACCGAGAUUUACCUGAGUAUAGCCCAGAGGUUGACUUUGAUGAACCAGUAAAACAGAGAGAUAGUGUCAUCACCUGGAAUGUACCAGCUGAAUCUGACAGUGAGGGGGAAGGGGAGGGGAGCUGUUUUUUCUGUAUACCAAAGAAAUUUUUGCGACAUAACACUCCUCAUCCUGCCGACCUCAAAAGAAGGCAUCCUAAGUUACCAAAGGGUAGAUCCAGCAUCGAUGGCCACAUCAUUCCUCACCAAGAAAAGAAACCGGAAGAUGAAGGGUUUGUCCCUCGAAGAGACCCUGAGUAUCGUGGUAUCAUGGAAAUUGAGAUACCUCCUCCCCCUGAAAAGGAACCACUGCCUCAAGCUGCUCCCCCUAGGGUCAUCAUACCCGAGAAAAAGACGGUCACUCUUAUUGAUGAACCUGCUACAAUUAGAACUCCAGAACUUGAGGGUCCCCCACGACAGGAAAAUCAACACCAGGAGGUGAGCUCAGAGGAAGAGUCUCCGUCAGAGACCCAACCCUUGUUUAAGGAGGUGUCUAUUGACCCCACUAUAGUCACCUACACCCCGACCUCACCGCGGGUCAAUGGGCAUGAGGAGUCUGAUGCCUCUGAUGUAGAGACUUCUCCAACAGAGGAGAUCGUUGUCCGUUCAGAGAUGCCCGACUCUGAUGAGGAAGGGCAGAGGAGGCAGGUAGGGUUUGACACUGGUGACAGUGACGAGAAACACACUCCUAGACUACGUAGGAGGGACACGCCAUUCUACAAACGAGACAAACGAAUUGACAGGGAUAAGAGUGAGGAGGCAAAGGAAGAGGUGAUGAGGAUCCUAGCAGCAAAGAAGGCUCAGGAGGAAGAGGAGGAAAAGGCUGCCUCCGAGGAAGAGGAGGAAGAAGAAGAGGAGGAGUUAGAAGUGCCAGAGGAGGAGUCAUAUGAGGGAACACGUGUAGGUCAGCUAGAACUGACGAUGGAGUCGGUACCAGAUUACGAAGAAGAGGAGGUAACGGUACACAUAUCUCGUCAGCCCGGACAGGGGCUGGGUAUCAGUAUAGCGGGAGGGAGAGGAUCAACCCCCUUCAAGGGAAACGACGAGGGUGUGUUUAUAUCACGAGUGUCUGAAGAUGGGCCAGCAGGAAAGGCAGGAGUUGUUGUAGGGGAUAAGCUUAUUUCGGUUAAUGGAGAGAGUUUGGUUAAUGCUGAUCAUUAUGAUGCUGUUGAUGUAUUAAAGACAGCAGGAAAUAACAUUGUCAUGGUGCUAGGGAGAGAGAAAAUUCCCAAGGAAGAGGAGGAAGAAGAAGAGCCUGAGAAGGAAGAGAUCAGCAAUACUGGUUUCGCUACUGUUACUUUCGAUUCCGAGCCAGGCAUGGAAAUUUAUGGAGAGACGAUCAGCACCACAUUGAAGAGAGACCAGGCAGGCCUGGGUUUCAGUAUUGCUGGAGGGAGGGGAUCUGUGCCAUUCAAAGGAAACAAUCAGCAUAUCUAUGAGUUCUUAGAGGCUAUUUACAUCUCCCGUAUUGUGGAUGGAGGGGCAGCUCAGAUGGAUGGUAAUCUGAAAGUAGGAGAUCGAAUUAUAUCUAUCAAUGAUGUAGACUUACAGGAUGCCAGGCAUGACCAGGCUGUAGCUCUACUGACAGGAAUCGAUAAGGAGAUCAAACUCGUUGUUUAUCGUGAGAAAGUGGUUUCCCCGGAGGAGGCCCAGACCGAGCCCCCUACUGGACAGAAACUGGACAGUCUGACUCAGCCCCUGAUCACCUGGAAUGAGAAACUCCCCACCGCCAAGCCAGCUCCUAUAGAGACCCCACCCAUCAGUAACGCGGUGGAGAAGAGUCCCUCUGUCAGUCCGAGUCCAUUCUCGGCUUCUAUCCCCUCAUCCUAUACAUAUCCCACACCGUCAUCCCUAGGUUCAUCUUUCUCUUCUCCAAACCCCACCUCCCCACAGACGAGUCCGAGAAUAUCCUCAGAUUGGAACACACCCCCUACAACUUCUGUGCGACCCCCUACAUUUGUGUAUCCAGGAUUUAAUAGGACCUCUACACCUAGUGUAUCCUCAACAAGUGCACUAAAAACUUCCACAGAAAUUAAGAAGGAAACGUCCCCGUAUUCACAAAUGAAACUCCCUACUUCCCUUAUAACAAAACGUAAUAGUAUAAAAAGUGACACAGAGACCACUCAUGACAGCAAAUCUGUGAUGGAUUCUUCUUCAAAGGACACAUCUGCCCCCAAUUCUAGUUCUGUUGUAAAUCAUAUAGGUAAUAAUGAAGUCAGUAGUGUAGAUUCUAAAUAUCCCAUGGAGGAGGUGACUAUUGUGAAGGCAGGUGGUCCCUUAGGACUCAGUAUUGUGGGUGGUAGUGAUCACUCAAGUCAUCCAUUUGGAAUGGAAGAACCUGGUGUAUUUGUGUCCAAAAUCGUUCCCGAUGGAGCAGCAUCCAAAACAAAUCUCAAAAUCGGAGAUCGUAUUUUGUCUGUCAAUAAUCGGGACGUAACAAAUGCCACGCAUCAGGAGGCUGUGAUGAUGUUGAUUUCACCGACCUAUGAAAUUAACCUCAAAGUUCGGCAUGAUCCACCACCGUCAGGCCUAAAGGAACUAAUUGUUGAGAAAGGCCCAGGAGAGAAAUUAGGAAUGAGUAUUAAAGGUGGAGUGAAGAGUUAUGCUGCUAAUCCCAAAGACAGGACAGAUGAGGGCAUCUUCAUCUCUCGGAUCAACAGUGAUGGUGCAGUGGCAAGGGAUGGCAGACUUCAGGUUGGACAAAGAAUCUUGGAGGUGAAUGGUACCAGUCUUAUUGGAGCCACACAUCAGGAGGCGGUCCGAGCCCUCAGAAGUGUUAGUGAUCAGAUGGUCAUCAUGGUCUCUGAUGGCUUUGACCCCGCCCUUGACCUGCAGUCUCCUGACUCCCCUAAUGCCCCCAUGCCUCCCAGGGGGCGGGGCGAUUCCAUCUCCAGUAUUGACAGAGAUGGCGAUGAUCUCGAUAUUAUUAAGAAGGAACAGGAAGCCAAUAAAGAAGCCAAGCAGUGGGAGGAGGAAGAGGCGGAGCUAAGGAGGCAGCAACAGCAUGAGAAAAUUCCUGAGACCAUUGAAAAUGAUAUCAUUGAGAACACAGUCAAUCAGAAUUCGGUAGAAAAUCAAGUGCCUCCAGAAACAACAGUGACAAUUGCACCUUUGCCGCCUGCUAAACCAGCCAUUCCACCAAAACGGCCACCUGUACCACCCAAACCUUCGUACAUAGCUCGGCCGGAGAGUUUAGAGGACCUAGGUCCUCCCCCCAAACCCCCACUGCCAGCCAAACCCGAGGUGGUGAGCCCUCUCAGUCCUGUGGACCCAAUCAAGCAAUCAAGAAUGCCUUCCGGUGGUAAAAAGGUUGCCUCCCCAAAGCAGUCUAGAAUUCCCCUGGCCAAACCUGCUGUUCCUCCCAAGACAUCACAUUUAACCAAUGCCAUACCAAAGAAUGAAAAACUGUCUUUCAACGACAAGAAGCAUUUCUUUGAAAAGGAGAUACAAGAACAUUCUGUGGAUUCAUCAGAUCAACAAAGAAACUUAAAAUGGAAAGGGAAAAGCAGCUCUUCAAGUUCUUAUGUCGUACGAACCGCCAAAGCCGAAAAACGGCUCCAGGAAAGACUGAUAAAGGAAGGGCUACUGGAAAAACCACUAAGCCCCGCGGAGCAAAGAGAAUUGGAGGCCGAUAAAAGGGCCGCGUGGCGACAAGCGAGAAUGAAGUCACUAGAGGUUGAUGCCAUGAAGGCACAGGCUGUGAUAGGGUUGGCUAAAGAAAUGCAGGAAAAGUCUAAACUGCCCACUGUGCCAGAUGCUGGAACCACAGAUGAGGACAAUUCAGCAAAACACAGUGCAAAUGGAGAACAAGAGUGUCCACGAAGUCCCUAUCAGAACAAAAAGCUAACUGUCCAAACUAAAGAGGGGGAAACUAGGGUCCAGGAAAAGUCACGAGUACUCGAUGAGAAAUGUCAGCUAAAAACGGUCGAGUUUGUGGAUGAAAAUACAGGAAAAAUAUCUUUGAGAACAAUUCAAGUCAUUGAAAAAACUGUAGAACACGAGGUGGAAGUUACUAAAGAAAACAUCAUAGAACUCAAUUUAGAAGAUGAAUCAAAUCAGGCUACAGGCUAGUGAUGGGUGAAAAUUAGGAAUAAAUUAAUAACCUUAUUGUUGCUCAGACACAAGGUACACAAGAUGCCAAAGAUUGAUCAAGCCACCCUUACCACCCCCCAUCAGGUCCAGAUGCAUCAAAGGGAAAAGUGGGGCCGGGACUAGUCAACUUACCUGAUGGGGGUAGAUAAGCCAUCACAGGACAUUCCACCUUGCACUCCUCAAGAACUCCCUACACAGGCAGGCACCCUAUUCCUGUGAAAUGUAAACUGUUUUGUGGAGCAUGUGUCUGAAAGGACUGGAUCUUUACAGCAAACAAGUUUUUGCCUUAACAUCAUUUUCUUAACAGUAAAUGAUGUUUUUAUUUAUUUCUUCCCAUAUUUGACCUAAUUACAUAUGUUGAUAUUCUGAUUCCAACCUUAUGGAACCAAGUUCAUUAAUGGAAUAUCCCCGGAAUAAGGACAAAUUCCUAUAACCCUGUAAGCUUAGGUGGAUCUUUCCUGUGGGUUUAGAUGUGUAUUGUUUUGUAGUACAAAGCAGGCAUUUUAUUGCUUUGUAGGAUUUUUUUUUUCAUUCUUUGUAUAUUGUGGUUUUAUUUAAGAUUUUAUGUCAAGAAUUCUGAUUUCAUCAUAGGAUAAUUUAAUUAUAUACAUACUACAAAAAAGGAUUUUUACAUUUUAGUGAUGCAAGAAACAAAAUUAGCACAUAAUAUUGGUGUAGUUUUAGAAAGCAAAACCAAUUUGUUUAUCUUGCUAUACCUCAUUUUAAGAAUUUAAAGUGCCUGUGAAUAUUUUUAUGUAUUUACAUGUAUAUCUACCUUUUAUGGUUUAUCUUCUCGAGAAUAUGGUAGUUUUACAUUUGGGAAUUUUCCAUACAAUUUAUUUUAGAAUUAUGUAAGCUGCUUCAUCUAAAAAUUGUUAGAUGAGAUGCAAUUAAGCUUUAAAUAUGAUUGUUUUAGACAUUUUUAAAAUUGGCAGUAUCGUGUCUCUGAUAUUUUUUAAUUUACAUGGAAAAAGAGAUCAUUUUUGUUUUGUUGUUUCUUGAUAAUUUUGUAAUGGCAGAUGAUGACAUGGAGUCUUUAGAAUAAGAAGAAUAAAUAUAGAAAUCCUUUUAAUUCAUAAAAGACUAAUAUUAGAAUCUGAUGCUUUUGUAUUACCUGUUUGUCCUAAGGAUUCUUAUUUCACUGUGUAAUUAUUAUCAUUAUCAGAAUCUAUUUUCUAGUCUUCAUUAAAAUAUAGACUUACAUUGUGAUGUAAAUCAACAUAAUUUUACCCAAGGUAUAUAACCACACAGGUGAAGUUAAGUAGGUGAUUAGUUUAUCAGCAUGCAUAGAAUGGUGCAUAAUUUAUCAGUACUUUAAUGUAGAGUCUAUGUAACAUGUCCAGAUAGGUGAGGGAGAAAUAUAUUCUCGUAAGUUAGUUGGCCUUGUUAUGGACAUAGGUGCAAUGUAAAAGGGAAUAGGGGUUUCAUUUAAUUGUGAAUCGCAGAAUCUAUAUAAAGAAAACAGAAUAUAUAUAUAUCAAUAAAUGGACAAGGAUUCACAUUUUUCAUGUAUUGUCGAUCAGAUUUUGCUAUAAAUUUUUAUCUUAUUUUAGUUCCAUAAUAUCUGAAUAUCUGAUUUACUUUUCUAAAUGUAAUUGUUAUCCUAUACUAAACCAGUACUAACAAAGGUGGUAGUAUCACGGACAAAUAAAUUGCAAUAUGGUGUGUUUCACCCGAAGGAUCAUGUACAAACUUGUUUACUUUGCGUGUCUGAACAAAUUUUGUUGACCCACAUCUGAUCAGAAUUCCUGAUGAUUUUUUUUAUCAGUAUUUAAGUGUGUCUCUUGUGUAUCAUAGUGUUUUCAAGACACAAUUUAAUUUAUGCAUAUUGUACAAACUGUCUGUAUCAUACAUUUUCUGUAAAAUGCUGAUUUAGUGUACAGGUAGUUAAAUACUAAAUUAUGUUGAAUUGAAAAUUUUUUGAAACUAGACAAUUUUAUUUGGGGAAUUUUAAAAUCAAGCUACCAAUUUUAAUGACUUGUAUGUUUGAUUUCAUUUUUAAAGCGAUUUUAUAUUAAAUGAAGAUUUUUUUAUUAUUAAGCAGUAGUUGGGCAUUGUUUUAUGAUGCUAGUUAAAGUAAUGGUCCAUAAAUUCUCUGUUGGUAAGAUUUCUUAACCAUUAACUGGAAAUAGUUGUAUGCUGUUACAAUAGAUAUGAAUGUUAACUUUGUGCGAUACUUAUAAAUAUUCAUGGUUAUAACUUUGUACAUGUAUUAAAAUUGCUGAAGCUGUU